AUUUAAACAAUUUUUUUUUCUUUUAUAUUCAGACGCAACCGUGUGUUGAUCCAUGCUCAAAACCUCACCUCAUCGGUCGCACAGCAGAAAAGGAAAACCUUUCUCCACGAUCAACAAGCGAAAAACCAAAUCAAAAGAAACAUGAGCAGCGAAUAUGAUUAUUUGUUCAAGCUUCUUCUAAUCGGCGACUCCUCUGUCGGCAAGUCUUGUCUUCUUCUCCGAUUUGCUGAUGAUUCAUAUGUGGACAGUUACAUUAGCACCAUUGGUGUUGAUUUUAAAAUUAGGACAGUUGAGAUAGAUGGGAAGACAAGCAAGUUGCAAAUUUGGGAUACUGCUGGCCAGGAGCGAUUCCGGACUAUCACUAGCAGUUAUUAUCGAGGAGCUCAUGGGAUCAUUAGCAAUGGAUCAGAUAGCGUCUUGAUUGUGUACGAUGUUACUGAGAUGGAGAGCUUCAACAAUGUUAAGCAGUGGCUGAACGAGAUAGAUAGAUAUGCUAAUGACAGUGUUUGCAAGCUUUUGGUUGGGAACAAAUGUGAUUUAGUUGAAAGCAAAGUUGUGGACACUCAAACAGCAAAGGCACAAAGCCAGUGUUUAGGUUUAAGGUUAUUAGACCCAUGCGUACCAUUGUACGAGAGUGUUAGGACAAACCUGAUGAACUGCACUCGUACAAAAACUGUGCAAGCGUUUGCGGAUGAGCUUGGGAUUCCUUUCCUGGAGACCAGCGCAAAAGACUCUAUCAACGUGGAGCAGGCUUUCUUGACUAUGGCCGGCGAGAUUAAGAAAAAGAUGGGUAACCAGCCGAGUGGAAACAAGAAAUCGGCCAGCACUGUCCAGAUUAAGGGGCAGCCGAUUGAGCAGAAGAGCAACUGCUGUGGUUAACUGGUUCAAGUUAUUUAUCUCACUGNAAGAUAGCAUUAU